GGCUCCUAUUGCUAUUAGGUUCCUUUUUGCUUAGACGUUUCUGCAAGCUGCGUGCCAUGCACUGCGGCUUCCGACGUUUCUGCAGCUCUGGUGCCGUAGGCGUGGCUGCAGGCGUCCUGGCGCUGCGUUCACGACGUGCCAGCUUUGCAUUGCCACCCGAGCCAAAGGCAUGCUUUGGAGUGGUGGCUGACGUACAGUAUGCUGACGUAGAUGAUGCCUGGAACUUCCGGCGCACUCAAAAGCGUCGCUACCGUGGAGCGCUAGAAGCUCUCAAAUUGGCCGUUGAGGAUUGGAAAAAAGGCCCGCCCUUAUUGUUCAUUGCAGACCUUGGUGACAUCAUCGACCAGCAGUGCGAAGCAAACAACGAUUCGGAAAGAGCUCUGCAAUUGGUCUUGGACGCUUGGCAGGAUGCUCCUGCUCAUGUCGUCCAUCUUAUGGGCAACCACGAGCUGUACAACUUCAAUAGGGAAGAAGCGAAGACGCUCAUCCCAAACAUUUUCCCCUGGUACCGGAGACUGCAGCUGGUGCCUGGCUGGCGCUUCCUGAUCUUGGACGCCUACGAUUUGAAUGUCAUCGAGAAAGGCGGUGGGCCAGCUGUGGAGGAGGGGAUUGCUUACAUCAGCGAGCACAACCCGAAUGACUUGCGUGCCCCACGUGGUACCAUCGACAUGUCAGCAGGCCUUUCUGGUUUGCAAAAGCGCUUUGUGCCGAUGGGGGGUGGCAUAAAGCCUGAGCAGCUGCAGUGGCUCCGUGAGGAGCUUGAAGAUGCAGCAGCGUCAGGUGACAGAGCAGUUGUGUUGACACAUUUGCCGGUGAGACCAGAGGCCACCGUGGCACCAGCUCUGCUCUGGAAUUACGACGACAUCCUCCAAGUUUUUCGGGACUUCGCAGGUGUCGUGCCAUUGGUCCUGGCAGGCCAUUAUCAUGAAGGCGGCUAUGCAUGGGAUCCUGAGAGCCUGACGCAUCAUGCAACUUGGAUCACCUCCAAGCCAUUGGAAGCCUGCACUGGCUCGACCCUAGCGGCCCUAGCGGCCCUAACCAUUUCUAUCUUCAAAAAACAUAUCUAUCCCUUUUGCUUGACAUGUAAGGUCACGCUGCCCUCGCCGCUGAAUGCGCCGGAAGACAAGCCAACUGCCCAUGGAUUGGUGGAGCUUUGGGAUGACAAGAUUGUCAUCCGAGGGCAUGGCAUUGUUCCCAGCCGUGACCUAUCCCUGGUUCCACCCUGCAAGCUUUGAGGCAUUCUUGGGCAUGAACACCAAUGUGGACAAAGCUGGCACAUCCCACGACAUCAUGAAGACAUGGUUUUCCUCAAGCUUGAGCGGCUUGAGUGGCUUGAACCAGCCGUUUUCCAGGUGAAGGUGGGAAGACCUUGCUCAUUUUCCAGCUGCAGAGGUCUUCCAUCCUGGAGUGUAGGAAAUCAUGUGAGGCUGGAGAGAGCUCGGACAGAUCCGACCACUGCUGAUUCGCGUAAAAAGAUGUAAA